AUGUCGGUGAACGAAAAACGCCUUUCCCAGCCCACCAUAACUCCCCGAGCUGCGAGUUCCCCCUCGUCAGAUCGUGAAGUGCUUGACCAACGACUGCAGCGCCUCUCCGACGACAUUCUCCCCCCCGUUCCAUAUUUACUCACAUUUCCGACCAAAACUCCCUUUAACCUGGGGAACCGGUCCGCCAACAAUUGGGCUGUAGGGCAUGACAGACCCUUCAGCUUGGAGGAGCAGCAACUUCAGUAUAUGACCUUCUUGACACACCACGACACAGAUUCAUUGCUUCUAGCCGUCGGCGACUGGUCGGACGAAACGGGGCGCAUGAUGGCCGAUCGAUCAACAGCCCCAAGCGCCAGAGAAAGUUCAAGAGAAACCGUGGCCAAAAAGAAGAUUAGUCUCAAGGAUUACAAGUCUCAGAAGACCAGUAACAUUGUCGCAUCCCCCGUUGGCCUUGGCUUCGAAUCGGGUAGCCGAGGCGCAUCAAGCUCCUCCAAGUCCGAGGAAAGACGACAGACAACAUCUUUUGAACACCUCAAGAAUGACAAUAAGACUAAAAUGCCUCGAAUGCCGCCGAAGUCACACGCGCGUCACUCUCCCGAAAGAGCGGGUCAGAAACGGCCAUCUGGGUCCGAACUUGAAUUCCCUAACCCCUCAGCGACUAAGAAGUCCGAAGCACAUCCCACAAAGAAACUCAGACUAUCUCCCGAGAAAGAGACGCGCCGAGAGUCCAGCCCUGCCAAAUCGCACUCCCCCAGGCUGCCCGCACUUCUUUCGCCCACACUCCCACCCACAUCGGGAGGCCCGAGACUUCCACGCCUGCUGUCCCCUACCCUCCCCCCAGAUAUUGAAAAGGAGUUAGCCCGCCUUGAGGACCGUUCGCCCCCUCGGAAUAGUCGGGCAGGGAAGGGAUUGCCUAUCAAGGAGUCCAAUACCCAUGAACAUUUAAAAGACCACGCCCAUGCAGACCCACAGAAGACGCAACUUCUUACCAAACUGCGGUACGGAAGAGCGAACCGAAAGCGUGUCGAAGCUUUGCUUAAAUUUUCCGGUAAAAGGAAAGCACAUAUGUCAGAUUCACCGGUCAGCCAGGAUACCGAUCGUGAUGAUAUCUCACAUCCCAGGAAGAAAGGGGGAGAGACUGAUUUGUCUCGUGGGCACGCUUUCGGGGAUCAGAAAGGCAGGAAGCAUGAGACUGACGAAACACUUGGCCCCCAAAAUGGUCGCUCAAAGGAUCCAAAACCCUUUGAUGAAAAGCCUCGAACACCAAUCUCUCAGCCAUAUUUGACCUCUCAUUCAAUCGGUGACAAAACCAAAGCAGCUUCCAUCACGCCGGUGAAAGACUUAAAACCUCCUACCUAUCAUCGAAAUAAUCUCGGAGAGACUGAUGGCAAGACUCCUUCUUACCCCACCAACAAACGUCAUUAUAUUGAUCCCGGGUCAAUCAUAAAAGCUUCUCCCACACAGGCAGAUGGUCGCACGCGCAAUGAGCGGCAGAUAUGGUGGGAUGAAUGGCAAAAGUUUGCAAGCAUCGGUCGUGAAUUAAAACAUGCCGCAGAGCGGCAUACCUCUAAAACCGGGACCUCGGUCACUGAUGAAAAGCUAGCCGUUGUGACUGCAAUCGAAGCGUUGUUGUCCUUUAUCAUGGCAUUUGUAGCGAACGACCAGGCCAAGGCUUCAUCACGCCAAGUCGGGGAUUCCUCAACAUGGCUGUCUAUUGUGCCAUACUGGCGUGUGGUCAAGAAGAACAGUGUACCAUAUCCGGCAUUGAACAGUCUCUGCUUGCUCCUUGGCGCUGUGUCAUUCACUGCCAUUCACAGUCUUGAUCUUGAACGCCUUGCCAUAACCCCAAUUCCCGGAGAGCACACCCCGGUCCCUACGCCUGGGAGUGAUGGAAAUGCAGCUCUAUCGGACGAGAACAGGAAAAGUAGGAAGGAAUUCUCAGAACUGAAGGCUCGUCUUCCUGAGUUCUAUAAGGAUUCCCAGAGGCUAUGGCUAGAGGGCACCCGCGGUCUAUCCGAAGAUGUCCUUGGCCAUGAGUUCCCUACGAUCUGGGCUCAGCGAUCUCGAAAUUACUCGGAGCGAGGCCGGUCCUCUCUAAAGGCUGGCAACUACGCUGGAAGUUAUUUCUUACCACUUGGUGGCACUACUCCUCCCAUCGAAGUGGUUCGGUUUGGCUGGUCCCUGCUGAAAGAAUGGUGCUCGAAAGAACGAGUGGAGUGGAAUGGACGUCUUGGUCUCUAA